CUGAUCGAGGAGUUUUGUUUUCUGUUGUGAUAUGACUCUUCAAGGGACAACAAAACACACAGAUCCUACGACAGAAGAAUCCGAGGAGCUAGCUCGUUUCAGAGAAGCUUGGAGGGAAGAGCUUCGUCAGAGGAAAACACAGCAUGCUCAAGCUCAGCCACACAUCCACCAUCAUGAUGUGGGGCAAGCUGACGGCACUUCAACUCAGGCUGUGGGUCAUGUACCUCCUUUGACUUCACGCACCGUUGGAAUCGCAUUACCGAGAACAGACAACCAACUAGGGCCGUCUCAUAAUACCGUCACCGGCACAGUUACGGUGCACACCUCUCACGGGCAGUCUUUUCUUGAUCGUUCAUUUGGUGAUGCUUUGGAGGUUUAUCGCCAGGCGGUUCAUCACGAGCAAAAUAGCCAGCUUGAUGAUGCUCUGCGGUUGUAUCGCCAGGCAUUCCGCCUAAAUCCCAUGGUCGACAAAGCGUAUUACAAAGAGGAGCAGCGAAUUCAGCUUUCAACAGCCGCUAGCGUACCUCCUGUGGUCACUGCCCACCCGACUGCUCACAAGAGGUUGUCAUCCACAGGUAGUACAGUCGUACCCCCUGAAAAAGUAGAUGAAUUGGUGCAGAGUGUGAAUGCUCUAGCAAUCGCACCAAAUGCUGUCGUCACUGGCACAAUGGCAAGCCUACUGGCGGGAUUUCCUCCAGAUCUUUUGUUUGAACCAGAGGAUGAGCGGGAAGGGAUACCACUUAAUAAAUUGCCCGAUGAACUGCUCGUAUAUAUUCUUCGCAACCUUGACACUACCGCUAUAGAGCGUUUUGCGACCGCGAAUCGCAAAGCGCGAGUGGUGAGCUUGGAUUCAUCGAUUUGGAGAGAACUUGUAACUCUGGUAUACAAACCUCCACAAAUAAUAGAUGAUGCUGCAUCAAUCGCCGCCGACCAAUACGUGGCUGAUUACCGACGAAUGUAUAUUGAACAUCCUCGGAUACGGAUGGAUGGAGCAUAUAUUGCUGUCUGUCAUUAUAUCCGUUCAGGGUUAAGUGAGAACGCCUGGGUCAAUAUUAGCCACUUGAUCACUUACCACCGUUAUCUCCGAUUUUUCCCGGACGGCCAGGUCCUAUCUCUCCUAGCCAAUGAAGAAUAUGGACCGCAGAAUGUGAUCCCUAUCCUCAAGCCAAGUCUUCGCAUGAAGGGAUUUUACAUCGGAGAAUGGAAUAGCACUUCCGCCUACCCAACCGCCGAUAGCGCAGGGCGGAGAAGGUAUUCUUUCCAGAUGACACUCGACUUGCGUUCGCGCCCUGUCGGGAGAUGGAAUAAGCUGGAGUUUU